AUGGCAACCACACUGGUUGUACAGCUCGUGCUGCUGUUGCUACUGUCAGUGACACAAGCCUCAGCUCAGGAGGAGCAGCAGCCGCCUCGGCAGGUUGUGCGGCCAGGCUGCCAGGACAAGUGUGGCAACAUCACGAUCCCCUACCCCUUCGGCAUCGGUGCCGGUUGCUACCGCGACGAUGGCCGAGGUGGUUUCCAGCUUGAGUGUGAUGACUCCCUCCCGGUCCCGUGGCUUGCCGUAACUGGCUAUGGCGUCCAGAUCACCAACCUAUCCAUUGGGACCGGGGAGGCCUGGGCCUACAUCAACGUGACACGCCACUGCUACAACAGCAGCGGGAGCAUCAUCAGCCGUAAUGGCGCCACGCCCGUGCCACUCAUCAACAGCCACCUUCUCUUCUCCCAGGCGAGGAACCGCCUCGUCGCGCUUGGCUGCCCCAACCUCGGUUACUUCGUCGACACUGCUGGCUACUACGUCAGUGGUUGCAUGAGCGUGUGUGGUCCGUCAAAGUUCACCUUGCCAGGUUCAUGCACAGGCGUCGCCUGCUGCCAGAGCGGGAUACCCGCUGCUGUGGACUACUUCGAGCCAUACCUGCUCGACAUCCCAAAGGAGCAGACAGACCCAAUCUUCUAUAGCAACAGCACGACCUGCCGGUACGUGUUCUUGGUGGAGGCGGAAUGGUUGAAUACCAAAUACACCGGUGGGAGCCUCAACCGGACUGAUGACUUCGCCGUGCCCGUCGUGCUCGACUGGGCAGUCUGGAACGUUCGCAACUGCAAAGCUGCCAAGCGCAAUGCAACCGACUACGCGUGCCGGAGCAUGCUCAGCCAUUGCGUCAACUCCAAAAACAGCACAGGGUACCGGUGCAACUGCUCCAAGGGGUAUGAGGGCAACCCCUAUCUAGACGAUGGAUGCAAAGACAUCAACGAGUGUGAACGCAAAGGAAAACACACAUGCCACGGGGCCUGCACAAAUACGCCGGGAAGCUACACUUGCCAAUGUCCUCCUGGGACAAGUGGAGAUGCCACCAGGAAGGAUGGUUGCCGACCAAAGGACAGUUUCACUUUAGCCCUGAAAGUAGUUACAGGAGUCAGCCUUGGAGUGUUCUUGCCAUUUUUCAUGUCCUUCUGGCUCUACUUGGGGCUCCAGAAGAGGAAGCUUAUCAGAACAAAGCAGAAGUUCUUUGAGGUAAAUGGAGGCCUCUUCCUGCAGCAGCAGAUACGUAACUACAAUGGCACCAGCAAAGGCACUGGUGGGUUCGAGAUCUUUUCCAAGGAGGAGUUGGAGAAAGCAACCAACGAGUUUGCCGCCGACCAAGUUCUUGGCCACGGCGGGCACGGCAUUGUCUACAAGGGUGUACUUGAGGACAAGACAGUAGUGGCGAUCAAGAAGUCAAAGAUGAUGGAAGAAGCCCCGACCACAGAAUUCGCGAGGGAGAUGUUCAUCCUCUCCCAGAUAAACCACAGGAAUGUCGUCAAGCUGCUCGGGUGCUGCCUUGAAGUGGAAGUGCCCAUGCUGGUCUACGAGUUCGUCUCAAAUGGUACCCUUUACCACUACAUCCAUGGCAGUAAGGGCCUUGACUCUGACGCAGCCCUCGACACAUGUCUUCGGAUAGCAGUAGAGUCAGCCGAGGCACUGGCAUACAUGCACUCUUCAGCCUCGCCGCCGAUUCUCCAUGGAGAUGUCAAGACGGCAAACAUUCUGUUGGAUCACAAGCUCACAGCAAAAGUUUCAGAUUUCGGAGCAUCAAAACUGGCACCAACUGAUGAGGCCAAGAUGGCAACGUUGGUGCAGGGAACUUGCGGUUACCUUGACCCGGAAUAUCUAAUGACAUGCCGGCUGACUGAUAAGAGUGAUGUGUACAGCUUUGGUGUCGUCCUAUUGGAGCUUCUGACAAGGAAGAAGGCACUGUACUUCGAUGGGCCGGAGGAAGAUAGAAGCCUUGUUUUAUGCUUCAUGAUGGCAGUGAAGGUAGGCCAGCACCAAGACCUUCUGGACAGCCAAGUGAGGGACGAGAUGAGAAUUGAAGCGCUCGAAGAGAUCACACACCUGGUUGUGAGAUGCUUGAACAUGAGUGGGGAGGAGCGGCCGACAAUGAAGGAGGUUGCAGAGACGUUGGAGAUGCUGAGGAGAUACCACAGCCACCCGUGGGCUCAAGCAGAUGCCAAUCCAGAGGAGGAACAGAGUUUGCUUGCUAUGGAACCACGGAAUGCCAAUUACAAGUUCACACAAGAUUGCGUCCUUGAUUUUGAAGCAAGCAGUACAUACAGCUAUAGCUUGUAG